GUCUUACCAAAUUGAAUUGGCAUGCUAAAGCGUGAAAAGACUCAUUACACUCGCGUCAAUGCUCUACUAACGUGAACGGUGGGGAGUUGUCUCCAUAUCCCCCCAUACAACGCAUAUAUCGUCCCCUCUCUCUCUCUCUCUCUCUCUCUCUCUCUCUCUGUCUCUGUGCAAAGCUAGUUGGGUAUGGCUGCAACACUUCCCCUCAUUCUCUCCCUCGUCACUCUCUCGUCUCUCCCUCUUCUCUCCCACUCCGACGUCGACUCCUUCAUCUACGGCGGCUGCUCUCAGAUAAAAUAUACCCCGAACUCGCCCUACGAGUCCAACCUCAACUCCCUCCUCGCCUCCCUGGUCAACUCAGCCACCUACUCCUCCUACAACAACUUCACCAUCACUGGUCUUAGUCCCAACGACGUCGUCUACGGGCUCUACCAAUGCCGCGGCGACCUCUCCAUGCCCGACUGCGCCUCCUGCGUCGCUCGCUCGGUGAGUCAACUCGCUACUCUCUGUUCCCAAACGUGCGGCGGUGCGGUGCAGCUGCAGGGAUGCCUGGUGAAGUACGACAACAGCACCUUCCUCGGGGUAGAUGACAAAACGGUGGUGCUGAAGAAAUGUGGGCCGCCGAUCGGGUACAACGCCGACGCGAUGGGCAGUCGAGAUGCGGUGCUGGCCAGCAUGGCAAGCGCCAGUGGGCCCUACAGGGUGGGCGGGUCAGGGGAUGUGCAGGGUGUGGCUCAGUGCGUAGGGGAUUUGAGUGUGAGCGAGUGCGGUGAUUGCGUGUCGGAGGCAAUCGGACGGCUGAAAAGCGAUUGUGGUACGGCCGUUUACGGCGAUAUGUUCCUGGCCAAGUGCUACGCGAGGUACUCCGCCAGUGGGGUCCAUCCUUACUUCAGAACUGAUGAUCAUGAUUCUUCUGAUGAAGGUCAAAAGACUUUUGCUAUUAUCAUUGGUUUAUUCGCUGGGGUUGCUCUAUUAAUAAUUUUCCUUUCCUUUUUAAGAAAAGCCUUCGAGGGGAAUGGAAAAUAGAUUACAGCACUGUUGAGAAUUCCGAGGCACUGUCUUCCACCAUAGAUUAAGAGACUUCUGCUUUAUGCAGGCUCUUUUGCUUCUCUUUUUAUUUCAUUAUGCAAAACUUUCCUUUCUCUGUUUCCUCAAAAAGGAAGACUAAAUGGAUAGAUAUGGGGAUGGGCAUGUUCCCUAAACAAAAGCUGUAAAGGGGAAAAGAAAGCUUAGAUUCCACUCUCCUCCCCACUCGACUAAAUUGUGUGUGAAAAAGUUGGAAUAUUCUUUUAGAAAAGGUGCAGAUGUUUUGACC